GCUGCCAGAAGGGAAGUGAGCCUGGACGUAAACAAUAAACGAAGUCAAAGGUAAAAGAUUUUCCAGAAAUAUUGUAUGACACAUUUGAAGAACUCCCGGUGCCCGAGGACGAGGAAUUGGAUAUUUAGGCCACUAUGGAGGCGGUUCCUCGUAUGCCGAUGAUCAGUCUCGAUCUAAAGAAAGCCGGAGACUUUAACAUCAGCCAUUCUGUACGAGAGUUUAUCCACAGCAACUACAGUGAAAGCCCUGAAGACUACAGCGAACCACUGAAGAGGCUGGAACAGCUGAGACAGACUGCAGUGAAUGUGCCGCGGGACUUUGAGGGCUGCAGCUUGUUGAGGAAAUACCUCGGACAGCUCCACUUCCUGCAGAGCCGCGUUCCCAUGGCGAAGGGUCAACAGGCAGCUUUGCCUGUCACCUGGACAGAUGUGUUCUCAGGAAAAGCUGUGACUCAUAAUGACAUCAGAUAUGAACAGGCCUGUGUGCUCUACAACCUGGGCGCUCUGCACUCGGCCCUCGGAGCCAUGGACAACAGGGUCUCUGAAGAGGGGAUGAAGGUGUCCUGCACUCAUUUCCAGUGUGCUGCUGGUGCAUUCGCCUACCUGAGAGAUCACCACAGCCACAGCUUCAGCUCGGACAUGUGCAGUCAGACCCUGACCAUCUACAUCAACCUGAUGCUGGCCCAGGCUCAAGAAUGUCUUCUGGAGAAAUCCCUGCUGGACAACAGAAAGAGUUUUCUCAUCGCACGCAUCUGUGCUCAGGUUGCUGACUACUAUAAGCAGUGUGUGAAGACUUUGGAGGCUGCAGACUCUUUGUCUGUGUUGGGGAAGAGGGAGAAAGAGUGGAGGAAACACAUCAGCAUGAAGAUCAGCUACUUCAGUGCCAUCACGCAGUUGCACAUGGGGAAGCAGGCUGAGGAGCAGCAGAAAUAUGGAGAGUCGGUGGCCUAUCUGCAGAGUGCCCUGGACAAGCUGAAUGAAGCCAUAAAGCAGAGCAAGGGUCAACCAGAUAUUGUGCAAGACGCGCUUAGAUUCAGUAUGGAUGUCAUCGGUGGAAAAUUCAAUUCGGCAAAGAAAGACAAUGACUUCAUCUACCAUGAGACUGUGCCUUCUAUGGACACACUUGCUACAGUGAAAGGCGCAUCCUUGGUGAAGGCAUUACCUGUGAACCCCACUGAUCCCAGUGUGACUGGUCCUGACCUCUUCAGUAAACUGGUCCCCAUGGCAGCGCACGAGGCCUCCUCCCUCUACAGUGAGGAGAAGGCCAAGCUGCUGAGAGAGGUCAUGGCCAAGAUCGAGAGCAAGAACGAGGCCCUGGAGCAGUUCAUGGACUCUCUGUCUGUGGAGUGUGUGAUGGAGGUGGGUGUGUUUGGGGUGCUGCCUGAGACCGUCAUGGAGAAGUGUGCUGAACUCAGUGUCAAAGACAACGCUGUUCAGAGUCUGGUGAAGGCUAUGCAGGCGUUGGCAGGAGUCAAUGCGGACGUGGAGGAGAAGCUGUCUGAGGUGCGAGUGGUGCUGGAGGAGGAGGCGGCGGCCGAGAAGAGUCUGGGGGAGGUACUGGGUGAGGCUCCACCCCUGCCGACGCCCGCUCCACUGCAGGAGGUGAAGAGGGAGCUGCAGCGCUACAAGGAGGCGCACACCACCGCUACACACACCAACACCGAGCUGCACACACACAUGAGCCAGCACCUGCCCAACCUGCGCCUGCUGCAGGGACCCCUACAGCAGCUCAGAGACAGCCUACCCACACCCAAACUCUCUGAAGAUGAUACGGCUUCUUUGCAACAGCUGCAAAGAAUUCUGGGUAAAGUUACUGAAAUGCGAGGGCAACGACUGUCAUUGGAGCAGCAGCUUCGUGACCUCAUUCAUAAAGAUGACAUCACCAGUGUCCUGGUCACUACAGAGCGUGCUCAGAUGAAGGUGGUGUUUGAGGAGCAGCUGCACAAGUAUGCCCAGCUGCAGGGAUACCUGGAGCAGAACCUGGCUGCCCAGGACAACAUCCUGAGAGCCCUGACGGAUGCCAACGUCCACUCCGCCACCGUGCGCAAACACCUGCAGGACACACACACACAGUGGGACAGUACAAUCCAAAGCUUGCUGAUGUCAUCAGAGGCCUAUGAGGAGCUGCUUCAUAAGGCGGAGGAGGGCCGGUCCUUCUAUCAGGAGCUCCUGGGGAAAUGCUCCACUCUCCUGCAGAGGGCCAAAGAUGAGAGUCAGGACAGGGAGCAGGAGCGACUUCGACUGUUAGACAGGGUGGUGAGCAAAGCUCCUGCCAGACCCACAGCUCCAAAGCCGCGCUCUGACCACGGCUUCUCGCCCUCCAGUCUGCCCGACCCCAGACUGACCGUUGGCCAUCUCCCCAACCCCUCCCUCCUCCCGGGGGGUACUUCUGGCCCCGUCUCCUGGCCCCCUGGGGUGGCACCUGGCCAGUCCUUCCCCUCCCCUGCUGCCAUGGCCCAGUUGCCCCCCCACACGCGCACAGCGGCCCCCCUGCACUCCCACCCCCGGCCACCAGGGGCAGCAGCCCCCGGUCAACCUCCAAAUGCCACGCAGGGGCCCCCGUUUGGAUACGUCCCAUCUCCGUGGCAGUCGGCUCCGGGCGGCACCCUCCCUCAACAUCCCAUGAUGCCUGGCGGCUACAUGAGUCUGCCUCAGAUGGGCCAGAAUGCCCCCAGACCAGGGCAGAUGCCCCCUCCUCAUCUCGCGCCUCAGUACCCUGGGCCCCCCAGAGGUCACCCGACUGCCCACCCCCAGACUGCCCCUCACAUGCCCCUGGGCCCCCCCUUGCAGCAGUACAUGCCCCCUCACCCCACUGGGAUGCCCACACCGCCUCUCAGGGGGCAUUUCCCCGGCCACCCAGGUCACCCCGGCAUGCCAGGCCAGCCGCCAGCCCAAAGCCAUGCCAACCCUUACCAACCUACCAUGCCCGGCCAGCAGCAGGGACCUCCAGGCGUGCCACCCCACCAGGGCAUGCACAUGGCCCCAAACAGAGUGCCCUCGCCUGGGCAAGCCCUAGGGCCGAUGUAUCCCCCUCAGGGGCAGCAUGGGAUGGGGGGUUACCUUCCCCCCUCCGCCCAAGGCUACCCCCAGAUGCCCUAUGGGUAUCCGGCCGCCCAGCCGAGAGUGCCCACUCCAACGGGUGGUGGUGGUGGUGUGCCAGUGCACGGUGGGAUGCCCUCGUACAGCCCUCAGCCCCACAUGCAGCCCCAGCCCCAGCCUAACCUCAUGGGGGCGCCGUUGGCCCCCGCCAGCACCCCCAUGUCCACCCACGCCCACGCGCCACCCCCCCACCUCCAGCAGCCUCUGGUCCCCCAGCAGGUUGGUGUUCCGUCGUCUGGGGCGACCGCUCCCAUGGUGACCGUUCUCCCAGGGUCUCAGGGUCAGGGGGUCACGGCUCCUGCUGCGCCCGACACCAGAGCAGAGCAGGACCCACUGCAGGCCAGGUUGGAGCAGCUCAGCCUUCAGCCACCAGAGGGCGCACUUCCUCGGCAAGGAGAGCCUGCAGCCUCUGCCAAUCAACCCUCUCAACCAAUCAAUGGACAGGCUCAUUCUCUCCACCAACUGGAACAGAAGAAUGGCUUUGCAGAGCCCGCCCCCAGUGAGACGGGAAGCACAGCGGCCAACGGUAUCACCAAACACUCCGACCUCCUCAGCGACUUGGAUCCCCUCUGGAAUUUCCAGAAGAUCUGAACACACACACACACACACACACAUGCGCACAGACACUAAAUAAACACACAAACACACACUAAACACACUAACCUCCUGAACAAUCUGGAUCCUCUAUGGAGUUUCUAGAAGAGCUGAAUUAAACACACACACACACACACACUAAACACUUGGUCAAACAUAAACACUACUGUCCUGCACUAAAUAACACUUCAUAUCCUAUAUCUAAACAAGUUUACUUUCCACUCACAGUACUUCAUCCUGCCUACCACCAUGUUACGGUCAGUAAUAAUAUGUAUGCUUACAUCACAUCUCUCUCUUUCUCUUGUUUCUCUCUCCUUCCGUUUAGUCCUAAUCUCUCGCUCCCAUGAUAACAAAGCUAAACUAAAAACAUGAAUAUAUAACAUCAUUUAUUCCUUGUCCUAUCUUACGAUAUGUUCUUAUUUAUCUCCAUAAAAACAUUACCUUGUA